AUGAGCUUUGUCACCCGCCGGGCGCUUUCUACGCUCAUCCCACCCAAGGUGGCCUCUCCCCAGGCCAUCGGUGCUGCCCCCGAUGCUGUCCGCAUGCAGCGCGUCGUCAACUUCUACGAGAAGCUGCCCAGAGGCCCGGCUCCUGAUGUCAAGCCCACGGGCCUUCUCGGGAAAUACCAGGCCAAGCACUUUGGCAAGAACCCGACUGUUAUGCCUGUUAUCCAUGCCAUCAUCGGACUUCUGAUCGUGGGUUAUGCUCAAAACUACUAUUACCAUCUCCGCCACGUCAAGAACAAUGCCCAUUAG